AUGAUUGAUGCUAUUGCUUUUAUUCAGAAGUAUGUCAGAAGAGCUACUGAAACUAUAUAGGUCAAUACUCAAUAAUAAUUAAUUACAGUUUAAUUUCGAAGUGACAAAGUGAACAUGAUGUCAAUCCGUUAGAAACUCAAGACUAUGUUAAAGAAAUUGGAAGGAACUAAUAUUUAUGAUUAUUAUUACAUUAAUAUGAGUUCCGUUUAAAAAGAAUUACAGAUUUCAAAUUGCAGUGAUCGUGGACUCUAUUACGAUGGGUCAUGCUAAUGUGACUUGGGCUACUUUGGAGUUUAAUGUGAAUAGAAACUGGAAGAACUCCAUUUAGCCACUUAUUACACUUUUAUUGGAUUCUUUUUAAUACUGUUUACAAUCCUGCUUCUUUUUACUUUAAAAUAGCUUUAAUUAUCUCUAAAAAUGAAUAAGAUACCUUCCUAUUAGAAAGGAUGCAAUUAUAUUAAGAAUGUGCUUGGAUCUCCUUUGAAUUGCAUUUUAUGUCUAACCAUUUUAUUCAGUAUUCUUAAGAUUCUCUGGUUAGCUUUGGACCCAUUUUAAUUAUAUGAUUACAAAGAGAGAGUUUGCGAAAGAAUUUUGGCAGAAGUAGUUUAUACCAUAUUAUUUUAUAUAUAUGGAAUUUUAUUGAUGGUUUGGUAUACCAUGUAUGACGAAAUUUCAUUUAAUAUUUCUGAAAAGAAAAAUAAUAAUUUAGAAUAAUAAUCAACUUCCAAAUCAGAGAAUAGAAAAUUCAUUCUAGCAUAUUAUAAAGACAUUAUGAAAAUAAGACUCUUCCUCGUCUUGAUUAUAUAAUUGACUGUAAGUACAUUAAAUGGAUUAAGAUUAGGACAACAGUAUAAAACUAUCUUAUAUAUUGCAUAUGUAAUAUUGUUACUGAAUUUCAUGUAAGUUACUUUGAUUCAUAAUAGCUCCUUUAUUUUCGAAUUCCUUCUAUAUGGUAGAUCCUUAAAUUAAUGCAUAGAACAACAACUAAAAAGAUUGGAUUUAGAUAAUAGAGAGUAAGAAAGAGAGGAGAAAUUGAAAUUGGCAAAAAAUAAUCAGCAAACUAUCCUAUCAAAAACUUAGUUAAAUCUUUAAUAAGAAGAUCAAUUGCAAUCUCCAGCUACUCCCGAUUAAUAAAUAUUAAGAUUGAGUUCUUUAAGUGCGAGUGAUGAAAGUCAUGAAUAAAGGGAUACAUCAAGAGCCAUCAUAUCAAUUGAAAAAAUUUAACCUCCAUCUUUCUUAAAAAAACAAGUAACUUUCAGAUCGCCUUAAAGUAUCCCAACUUAGUAAAAUACGGAAGUGAAAAGGGAAGUUCUUAAAACUUCAAUGAGAACCAUUUUAAGUGAGGAGUCUCAAAAUUCUCUUCAUGUCGGUGAAGUUUCUAAUCAUUAAAAAGUCAAUUCUUGCUUACUUAACGAGGAUGAUUUUGAUUAAACAGACUUCAAUUGGAAUAUAAAAAAAGAAAGAGCUAACGUUAAGAAGAUAAAAAAAUAACAGAUUAAAAUUGUCGAAAAAAUAAAAUUAUAAGUCAAUGAAACUAAAAGAUAAAAGAAAGCAACAAUCAAAAAUAGUAAUAAUAUAAAAGAUGGUGUUAACUAAGAUUCCUUUUAAAUUGAAGAUGAUAAGAAAAUAAAGAGUUAAUUGGCUUAGGCUUAUUAAGCUGAGAUGUUGGCCUAAUAAAAAUAAAUUAGAACUGCUAAUCUAAAUGCAGAUAAAAAAGUACUUUCAAAAAUUUAAAUGCUUAUUUAUGUUGGGGUGCUUCUAGAAAUCUGUUUUGGAGCCUUAUCAAUUGUUAUUUUAUUAACAGACUUAUUAAAAAAACCUGUAGGUACUAUUUGCUAUUUGUAUAUUUCAGCAAUGCUUCAAUUCUUAUCUCUGAUAACUGUGUUGAAGUUGUUUCGAGAUGUUAAAAGUCAAGAAGUGUUGAAUCUAAUAUGGAUUUAAAAGGUCGGGAACCGAAAAAAUAAAAUUAAUUAAAAGUAUUAUUUUACAAUUCCAUUUGAUCAAACGAGACAGGAUGAAUCUAAAAGAAAGUUUGAACAAAGAAUUAAUAUGCAUAUAAGAUGA